GCCAUACUAUCGUUACUUCUAUUUAGUAGUAUUCGGAUGGAAGGAUAGCUAAGGUUAUUGCCUUAUUUCGGAAAAAUAUGCAGGCGUUUUUAUCAUAAACUCUUGGCUGCUUAUAAAUCAACCUUCAGUUCUACUGACGUGAUGUUCCAAUGCUUUUUGAACCAGGACUCAAAUAAUUUGUGUUCAAUCCAAUUCUUUUCGAAGAUCAUUGGAAAACUAUGAGUUGGAUGAUUGAACAUUUUGAGACCUAUAAAGUUACGUUACGUAUGUUAACAGUUGUUUGAACAUAUUAGUUUUGUAAACAAGACUACUGGCGUUUGGUUUCGUUCUUGAUGAUGAGAGUUCUGGUUUUGCCCUUGUUCGCCCUUUUUUAUUCAUUCGUUGAUGCUGUUGAGUUACCACUGACUCCGAAGACUUGUCAAGAAGUUUGCAUCACUAAAUUUGAUGGGGCUGAAGAAGAUGCGUGUUCCAGAGGUUGUGUCCUGUCAAACUUGAAUUCAUUGUUGUCAACAUUUACUUGUGAAGAAUCUUGUGAUGAUGUAUACAAGUCGGAUACAAAGUUGGUUGCUGCUUGCAAAGUAGGUUGUUCUGCAACUCCAAGUCACACAUCUGUUGGGCUCCUGCCAGUUCAAAACUUCUUUAGCACAUUCUUCGACAGGAUUCGUAAUUUAUUCGGAGCUGUGAAUAACGGUUCGGGAGCCAGUGUGGAUACCAAAGCUAAUAAGGUAGAGGGCGACACUGAUUCAGAUUCCGGUAAUCAUGUGAUCAUAUCACGCAUCCGCAUUUUCCAUAACUUCGCUCCCAAUGACGCACAUGAAAAUCCACUGGAUUCACCAUUCAAUAUAAAACCACUCUUUAGUUUGCGUGAAAUUAUUCCACAAGAUGAUGAUGCUUAUUUCAAAGCUGUAAAAAAUAAUGAUAAGAAUGUUAUUCGUAUACAUGCUGUCGGUGAUGAUGGUGAAUCAACCUUUUAUGAACACCAACCUACAUUUGUUAGAAAAGCUACUUACUUCUUCCGUCAUAUUAUGUUUCGCCCACUUUUAUUACCAUUGCUUAUCGCAUUGUUGAUUGUGAUAUUAUUAUUAAUGGUGAAGUUAACUAUUCACGCUUGUCGUGUUCGUGAACAUCGGCACAUAGAGGUAAGUCAUGUAUACCUUGACAGUGAAUUGAUGUACGAGAUAGCCAGUUUGUUUAAUCAAGGAUAUCAGAAAGUUAUGCAAAAUUUGCGUUCGAUAAUUUUGUUGGUCUACGGUAAAAGUGUAGCUCAUUUUGGUUAACAAAAUAAGGCACUAAUAAAAACUUCAAAUCAGCGUAUUAUAAUAAAAUUAAUGAUGAACUUUGAGCUUUGUCCCAUACGAUUGUAAGAGGAUUUAUUUACCGACCUUCAUCAUAAUACUAGAUUCUAAGUAUGUAGAUUACUUCUACAUCAUGUUGGUGUGACAUUCAAGAGCGAAAUAUUCAUUAUGCAGCCGCAACAAACUAUAAGGUACCUCAAUUUAACUUGUCUUCGAAGGUAAAUAAUUUCAAAUUAUUUUGUAUUUCUUAUUGAACAAUCUAUCAUUGACAAGGCUAGAUCAGAAGUCAAAAUACAAAGAUUUGUAGGCGUACCAAAAAAGCAAAGCAAUUAGAAAUAAUAGCUUAAUAUUUUCAAACUUCAAGGGAGUUUACAGAAUGUUCUUAACCAAUUAGUGAAUAUCCAAUCCGACAAACUGAACAAUCGCCAAGAAUUUGAUCAAAUGUUCAAAAGUAUUUGAAACAAGGCGACUACGCUGUCGACUUUUUAAGUUCUGUUAUAAGUGUUUUAAUUAAAAGUUAACUGGGAUGUAUUACAAAUAGAAUGUUCAUGUAGUCAUAUUUUCCUAACCAAAUAGGAAUCAUAUAGUCAUGGUUUUUGAUUAUACGAUUAUUGCAUACCAGUAGCUUACGUCGAUUCUGAUCAGUUGUAACGCUUGGAUAAUUCGUUCAAAUAGUUUAUUCAGAAAAUCGUGUAUAUCUAAGUUAUGGAGGUGCCAAUAACUUGCCCACUAGCAUUUAUGAAGGUUUAUAUUGUGUCAUGUUUUCAUUAAUUACAUCGAAGUGGUCAUAACUGAAGCCAUAGUAGUUAAUAUUCGAUGUAGUUGUACAAUAUUCACUUGUUUCCUACUAUAAUUUGUUGUAGUACAGUUUUGUAGGACAUGAGAAUAAUGUUAUAGUAUGUGUAAGAUUAACUUUCAAAACGUUCCAUGCCAGUUUCAACUUCUGGUACCGUCAUGACGUGUUAGUUAUGAAAUGUUAGUUAUCAAACUCUAGAGUUUUAUACUUGUGAAUCAAUUUUCCGAACGUGAAAUAUCUUUCGACUUUGUUACCAGUCGUUAUUAUUUCGGUCACAAUAUCGUGUUGAUAGUGCUGUCGUCUAGCAACUUUAUCUCUUGAUGUGGUGUAAAAACUGUUAAGUCGAUCAUAUAAUCGUAAAGCAUCAGUCUCUAUGACUUGAACAUGUCUUAACCACUCAAUCUCGGUGGCUUGUAUACCGAGCACUGUUUGGUGACCCAGUGACUUUGUAUCAAAAACAAUUCACCAACAGUUUUGGAUUCAUCAUUUAAAGAUUAAAGGUAGUCCAUUUGACAACAACUAGACUAGAUUAUCAUUACUACGUGAAUAAAGUCUACAUUUUCCAGUUUAUUAAUUUCAGUAGUUAUCUUUGAUGACUCAGCAUCGAAGUCAGUGUCCAUUUACUGGUGUUUUAUUUUUUGUCCAACAUAAUUACAAAUCCACUUUCAGCAAAAUGAAAUUUAUCUUGACUGCGUUUGGAUGUAAAGUAUUCUCGUGCUAUUAUUUUAUGAUUCUCUCUCAUUUUCUACAAUCGUUACUCUAUUUUCUUUGGGGCAUUAGUAUUUCAUUGCCCAGAUUUUUAUGUUAAGUCAGUAAUAACCGUAGAUAAAAUUCGUUUUUUAUUUACCUUCGGUCGAAAUCUCUUUGUAGUGUUAACUUUUGUUGUCAAGAAUCCAUCAUUUUUCUCUAAAUCUUUUUGCUGGAUGUCAGCGUGAGAUUACUAUGACUCCUUGUAUCUAAAUUCGCUGACAUAAAGUUCGUUAUCCUAUGGAAAAAUAAAUUUGUGGAUACAUUAAAAAAGUCACUUGAGUUUUAUUAUAUUUAUCAAUCAAUCUCCCACUUAUUUUCACUGGUUUUUAUAGAUCCUAGUGAGUGUUUUGCAUUCUGAAAUGAUCUAUUAAGAAAUAUCUUAUUUUCAAUUCAUUUGUAUUAAUUUGUAGGUAUCGUUACCAUGGUUUGACUUGAUAAUUUCGAAUAAAUUGAGCACUGGGUAGAUUGUUAUAAAUAAAUAAUAUAUUUGUAUUAAUUGUUCGAAUCUUCUCAUUGAUAAUUUGAACUACAAUUGAUUAGUCUCUCCACUCUGUUGUAUAAAGCAGUGGCUAUCCGGACUCAGUAGCUGAGUGGAAAACGCAGUGGCAUUUUUAGUGAGCAGCACCGAGUUCAAGUCCCGGAGUGAACAACUUUGGAAUGCAGGUACAUCUAGUUGAAGAGUCCUACACCGGACGAGACGUGCUUACUGGAUUCGUUUGCUAGCCAUCACCCAUCUAUGCUUAUAUUUUAUUUUUAACACAGUUGCAUAUGAUUACCAUAUAUUUGUAAGUACAUGACGUGUUUUCUUUCUUUCUAGUAUACUCGUUUACCAACGUAUGUUGAAGCAAUGAAUGUGAAGGUCCCGUUGUACGAAGAUGUGAUAAAAUGUGAGAAAUCAUCCGAAAAAGGCCCGAUUGAUGCCUAAUAUCUGCAAAUUAUUUGAGAAUAUUUUCGUUUUUUCAAUAUUUGUGAUAAACACAUUAUUCUGUUAUCAUCACCGUAACACUCACUUGCUCAUGAAUGCACUGGAGUAAAUACUCAAGUUCUCAUGUUUUGUCAUUAUCCCCUUAUUUUGACCGAUUUUCUGUUGUGUUGCUUUGGUCUAUGCUAUUGUGUUUGUCACUCCUCAAACACUAAGUUAAACAAUGAACUGGAACACGUUUUUUUGUGGCACUAUUUUAUAAACCAAAUCACUUCUUAUUUGUCUUGUUGCUCUCAUAUUGAUAACUGUCAUCACCACUGGAUCUUUUUUUGUGAUCGCGUUAUUUUCAUAGACUACUCCUUGUUAUUGUUGCUUCAAUAAAUACCUUGUCAAAAUAUUGUAUUUUCCAUUUGAGACGGUAGCGAUUGAGAUGUGAUUUGUUUCUGUUUUCAUUUUGUACCAUGUUCAUCCGUGAUUAUAUUCGUUUGACUUACGAACUUAUAGUACAUUCGAGGCGAAAGUAAUUUAAAUGGAUAGAUCAGUAAUUUUUGGUGACAGAAGUUUUUCAGUAGAUUUGUUUGUUUCAUAUACUUUAGUUUUAGUAUGAAGUGAAGACUUAUUGUGGCUAAAUAGAUGGAAUUAUUAAUAA